AUGGAUCAUUCUUCAGGCAAAGAGACAAAAGACUUUCCCAAAGGAACAGGACCCAAGACAAAAUUACCCAGCAUACAUAAGUCGGUAGAACAUUGGAGAACCGAGAGCUCUCGAUCAGCCCUGGCCUCAACCUCCGGCUCCGAAAAAAGGUCACACGAGACAUUAUUUCCCCAAAUCGAGAACUAUAAGAACCGCUUAAACAGCUUUGGUAUGGGGAUGUGCACAAACAACAAUGCUAAAACAAAUUCUUCAGAGCAGAAACAAAGCUCGGAUGCACUGUUUAGAGAAAGGCCAUCGUCUGCUAAAGCCAAGAAAAGGGAACACAAUGUGGCAGCAAGUUCUUCAGAACAGAGCGAUAGCACCGAUUCUAAAUCGCAACCUGCGCCUUCGAUGAGAACACAAGAACAAGUCAACGCUGUAACCGUUUCAACAGAACAAACUCAAAGCAUUGCUUCUCGCUCUUUUUUAAAACUUGCAGGUGGGACAAGCACGAAAGUGGAAGUGAAUGUUAUAGAUUCUUCGGAAGAUUCCCAAAGCACGGAGACGCCUAGAUCAAGACUUGUGUCGGCAAUCGACAACAAAAACUUACUGAAUCCCCAGAUGGAUCUGUUACAGCCGAAUCAAAGCACGGGCUCACCCCGAUCAAGGCGUGUCUCUAUUAUAGACAAAGGAAAUGUGUUUUAUCUCUCAACGGAUUCUUCGGAUGAUAGUUUAAGCACUGGUUUGCCAAGAUCAAAAAGUGUGUCUGUAGUGGACAAAGGAAUUGUUUCGAGGCCUAAAACUGGUUCUUCAAAACCGGAUAAAGGCACAGUAGCACGUAGUUCAAGGCUAGUGUCUAUAAUGGACAAAGGAAACGUGGUAAGUCAUAAAACUGGUUCAUUAGAAGAAGUCCAAAGAAAAGAAGCACUUCAAAUAUCAAAGCCAUCGUCUACGAAAGACGCGAAAAGUAAUUUAUCAGUAUAUGACGCAUAUUUGGUGGAUGAUUCCAUCAAAUCAGUAAAACUGCGAAAAUUCAAAAAACGAAGUACAAUGACCUUGUUGUCGCCUACGCCAGCAGACAUUGAGGAUGCUAUAAGUCGUCACGGGCCUUAUGAAGGAGACUUGCCAGUGAUACGUACGGAACAGAAUGUUGAUGAUGAUCACGAGGCGCUGCGUAGCAGAAUGUCCCUCGGAGGGGUUAUGUCCGUCAUAGACCAAGUCAGUUUCGAGGAACUUGGGUUUGACCCAGACGAGCUGGUCAGGACUGACCCCACAGUAGCCAAGGCUGUGUGUGAAUUGUUGACGGAGUACACUGACGAGGACGCAGAGAGUCUGAAGAUAAUAACCCUAGCCUUGUGUGACGACAAGCUGAGCAACAAAGAGGUGCUCGAGGUCAUUGAGGAGAAUGUCAAGGGAAGAAUUGAAGACAAUAAGACAGUUUACUUUGCUGUUGCUUUCUUCAUUUCCAAGACUCAAGACCCAACAAGGAUUCAGUCGUCCAACUCAGCGUUAACCGACGAAAACGAAGACUCACCAGGUUCUUCACAGACCCAGAUGCGGUCUAACAGAUCCGUCAGUUUUUUAAUGAACGUUUUGGACAAGUACAUGCUUCUGGCCCAGCGUGCUGCUUCGAUGAUGUCCAGCGAGGCCACUUCGGAUGCAUCUUUCAUGCAACACCGCCAGUCUUUUCAGGUGAUCGCAGCGGCCGCUACCCGGAUGUCUUUCCUUGAUAAAGGGAGAAGACAAAGCGACGCCAGCAGCUUCGAUUUUCAUACGCCUAGUGGCUGGUUCUUUGACGAGGUGGACGUGGAUAAUGAGAUAGUGGAGACGAUCCGCAAAUCCCUACCAGCUCUGAUGGCAAUAGUUGAAAAAGAAAUAUUGGCCACAUCACAGAAUGCACAUAGCUGGUCUGAUAAAAAAGGACAGAUACAGGCCAAAAAAGCCGCCAAGAAGUCCUCGAAACGCCUUAAGACACCUCGGACGGGUAAUGUACUUCUAAGCGAAGGUGCUAAACUCACCCCGAGGUUGACGUUUGAGGGCAACAAAAAUGCACCAGCGGCCUUAAAGAUACAGGGAGCUAUAAAGGUACAGAAGGCAAAAGAAGGCGGUUCCCGCCAAAGGACAACCAAAAAACUCAGAAAUCAACAAGAGAAAAAGAACUUUUCUGGCUGGGAUCUAGCACCGGGUCUAGCGCCUCACUGGCUGAACAGUCUGCCUAGGGAGACAGAUCUCAUUGUACCCCUGCUUCAGAACAUUCAGCAACACGUACGAGAUGGUAGUCCGGGUUCCGAGCCAGGCUUAGAUCGAGCCAGCAGAGCCAGGAAACAGUCGAUGUUCAAAAGUAGAUCCCGAAAGUCUCAAAGUAAAAGUGUCAAGAAACCACCUGUACCAGAUCCAAGAGGGGAAAGUACCGAGGACAAAAUGUCUGGAUCUCCGACUGCAACAGGUGGUCCAAAUCCCGAAGACGUUGAGGCACACCUUGGCUAUGAUUUGAAACUACAGUCACCAAAAGACCUGGGGAUGGUGUCGGAACUUCAGCAAGACUUAGAUAAACGUGAAGCUCUACCAGCACCUUCUCCAGCAGCACUAGUAUUGCCUACAAUAAGAUCCCGGCACCCAGGGCCGCCCCCGUAUACAGUGGAUCGUAAUCCAAAAGAGAGUGCGCUGAACUAUUUGUGCAAGCACGAAAUAUUUGAACUGUUUGCGGACCUCAUCUCCCACUUAGUGCUGACGACGCCAUCCAACCCUUUGGACACGCUUAUCGACAGGGUUCACCAGAUGAACUGCCUUCAAGGAAGCAAGAAGCAAUGUCCCACAAACCCCGUUCCUUGA